AUGAAACUAAAUCUCUCGAAUCUCAGAUUUCUUAGGACCCGAAAAUCUUUUAUCUCCCAGACGCGAACAAUGACCAAUAAUACGGAUCCAAAUCCUGACCCGUCGCAAGUUCUCGACGAUCUCCCCUGCUCGGAGCGGCAGCAGCGUGAUGAGCAGAUUGAGGAAACAGUCGAGGCAGCGCCAUUGAGCUUGGGCUUGGGCUCUCCUGGUCGACUCUUAGGCAUUGAUACUAGGGUGGAGCGAGCUUGGGCACACUGGAAAAAGCUGGGAAGACCAAAGUAUAUCGUUGCUCCAAUGGUGGAUAACUCAGAGCUGCCUUUUCGAUUACUUUGCCAGAAAUACGGAGCUCAAGCGGCAUAUACGCCGAUGUUGCAUUCUAGGAUUUUCAGCGAGACUGAGAAGUAUCGAAAUCAGGAAUUCACCACCUGUAAGGAAGACAGGCCAUUGUUUGUCCAGUUCUGUGCCAAUGAUCCCGAUACACUAUUGAAAGCUGCGAAGAGAGUCGAACCUUACUGCGAUUACGUUGAUAUCAAUUUAGGGUGUCCGCAACGUAUUGCGAGGCGAGGGAACUAUGGUGCAUUCUUGAUGGAUAAUCUCCCCUUGGUGAAAUCACUCGUUGAAAAGCUAUCUCAGAACCUCAGUGUUCCUGUCUCUUGUAAAAUCCGGAUUUUUCCAAAGCUUGAAGAUACACUCAACUACGCCAAGAUGCUAGAAGAUGCCGGCUGCUCGCUGCUAGCAGUUCACGGCCGAACGAGAGAUGAGAAGGACGGGAAAAAGUUUAGAGCUGAUUGGAGCGCAAUCAAGGAGGUGAAAAACGCACUGAGAAUCCCUGUUCUUGCGAAUGGGAAUGUGAGAUGCAUUGAAGAUGUCGAUAGCUGCAUCGAGGAGACGGGUGUUGAAGGUGUUCUUUCCGCUGAGACGCUUCUUGAAAACCCGGCGGUGUUUGCUGGGUUUAGAACAGCUGAAUGGGCCAAAGGUAGUGAAGAAGAAGAGGGAUACGUCGAUGGAGGACUAGAUCAGGGAGAUUUAGUUGUUGAGUAUUUGAAGUUAUGUGAGAAGCAUCCGGUUCCAUGGAGGAUGAUUCGGUCUCACGUGCAUAAGAUGUUGGGAGAUUGGUUUAGAGUUCAUCCUCAGGUUAGAGAGCAGCUUAAUGCUCAAAACAUAUUGACAUUUGAGUUUCUAUACGGUCUUGUGGAUCAGCUAAAAGAGCUUGGAGGACGAGUUCCACUCUACAAGAAAAGGAAGCUAAAUACUCUGGAGCUACCAGAGUCUCCGCAAAAGAGUUUAGAGAGUUGA